UAUACAAAAUAAUCUGUCUCUGGAAGGACAAGAAUUCACUGAUGAUGAUGGUAUUCAGGAAGAGUGCAUUCGAUGUCACAUGAUGAUUCCUCUGAGACUACUUAGGGAGCAUGCUGUGACUUGUGGAGUUACAGAGGAGGAUGAAGUUCUACCACCAUUUCCCAAGAAGAGAAAUGUUAUACAGACACCAGUGUGCCAAUUUGCUUGUGAAAGAGACUGAGUCUGGUGUAUGUCCAGUUUGUGAUAAAAUCUUCCCGAUAGAAUUGUUACCAGAGCACGCUGAUGUUUGUUGCCAGUCUGAUGAAGUUUGCCAGUCAGGGGAAGCUGAAGCUAAACAUGUGUUCAACUCAUUUGAUGAUUAUUUGUCAUCAAAGACUCUGAAUGGGGAGAAGCUCUGGGACAUAUCAGUAAUCCGAAGAAUGCUUGUCCAGCAGGCCAUGGAAGAAAUUGAGCAAGCGCCAGAAGAAGAAUGGAACAGGAAGUUUUGUAUAACAUUCAUAGGGGAAGAAGGUUUGGACUCCGGCGGAUUGACGAGAGAGUUCUUAACAUUGCUUUAUGACCAUUCCCCUGUUUUUGAGAACAGUGUUCUCAGCUUUGAUGCACAAUUACUUGAAAAAAAGCAUUACUUCUUAAUGGGACAAAUGGUUACAAUGGGCAUUUUAAGUGGCCAUCCAGGACCAAGGAAUCUCAUGAAACAUGUUGUGGACUACAUUGUCAGUGGGAGAACCACAGGUAUAACAGAUAUACCUGUAGAUCAACUUGGCCGAUUGGAUGCUGUCUCAGCUAUACAAGAGAUUUCGGAUUCAGUUGAUUGCAACCAGAUGAUAGAGAAAUAUGGGGAUCUGCUGGAAGCCUGUGGUUUUAGAAAAGUCUUGUCAGUAGAAAGCAGACAAAAUGCUGUGUCUGCGAUGAAGAGCUAUUACUUGUUCAACCGAUUUAUUCCAAGUCUACUGCAGUUUGUGGAAGGUCUCAAACUUCAUGGCAUGCUAGACAUGUUGCGGAAAUGUCCGGAGAAGGCAUACAGUUACCUUAUGCAGACAGAGCAUGUGGACAGCUUGACCAUCAAAGGUUUUUUUAAGCCUGUAUUUUCUUCCGAUAAAGCAGAAAAAGAAGAUGAAGAAGUAAUUCUAUGCAACUUUCACCAGUUCCUGAAGAAACUUGAACGAGGGAAAAUUUCAUGCAUUAGCAUCGAUGCUGAAACUGGGUCCUCAUCUGAAGUAAACCUCAACACAGGACAUCUCCUUCAAGCACUGAUUGGAUGCCCAGCUCUCCCAAGCUGUAUUACAGAGGGAAUAAUAACCUUUGAUCACAAAAGUGAUUAUCUUACAACUGUAAACACAUGUGCCCCUUCAAUAAACUUCAGCAAAUUAUCAGUGAUAAAGAACUAUAGUUCAUUUGAAGAACUGAUGAAAAAUGUCAUUGUUGGAUCAUAUGGCUUUGGACGUGAAUAAAUGUUAAUUUAGCAGAUCUAUAUGUUUAGAGCCCCAGCAGAGGCUGGUGAGGUAAUUAAAGGUUUUAUUUUGGAAACUAUAUCUUGUGUAAAGGACCUUUUAGAGGGCACGGUGUAGUGUGUUAAAGUCAUGUUUUGGAAAUAAUAUUACAACACUUUAUUGAAACCACAGGCCUUAGAAAUUAGACAUUUGGCCCAUUGUUGUUGCUAUUGUUGUAUUAAUCACUUUCAGUUAUAGCCAAAGUUAUUUUUAUGCCCCCGAAGGUGGGCAUAUUAAAAUCACACCGUCCGUCCGUCCGUGUGUCCAGGCUGUAACUUUCCCUUGUAUGGACAGAUUUUAAAAUAACUUGCCACAUGUGUUCGGCAUACUAAGACGAUGUGUCGUGUGCAAGAAACGUGUCCCUACCUCUUAGAUCAAGGUCACAUUUAGGUGUUUAUUCACAAAGGAAUGCUGCAUAUAAGGACAUAGAGUAUAGGUUGUCGUGUCCGGGCUGUAACUUUCCCUUGUAUGGACAGAUUAUAAAAUAACUUGCCACAUGUGUUUGACAUACCAAGACGACGUGUUGGGUGCAAGACCCGUGUCCCUACCUCUAAGGUCAAGGUCAGGUGGUUAUUCACAAUGGAGUGCUGUAUAUAAGGAUACAGAGUAUUGGUUGUUAUGUCCGGGCUGUAACUUUUUCUUGUAUGGACAGAUUUUAAAAUAACUUGCCACAUGUGUUCGACAUACCAAGUCUACGUGUCAUGUGCAAGGCCCAUGUCCCUACCUCUAAGGUGAAAGAUACAGUUAGUGUUUAUUCACAAUGGAAUGCUGAAUAUAAGGACAUAAGAAUGUAAGUUGUCAAGUAUGGGUGGUAUUUUUUUAUGUUCAGAGGCAAUUUAAAAUAACUUGCCAUAUGUAAUUGUUUGAUCUUUAACUUUUCAUGUACUGACCUUGUUCAUAGGUCAAUGUCACAUUCGGGGGCAUUCGUCACAUACUGUGACAGCUCUUGUUUGAUGUCUGACUUUAACAAGCUUUAUUGUAAAAUAGUCAUAACUUUUCAAAAUUAAUAUUAGCACAUAGCAGUGGUUCCUAACAGUGAUAUAAUCACUAACAGUGAUAUAAUCAUAAUAUGUAUUCAUUCAAGCAUGAAGGAAAAAAUACCUACACAGUUUCACGACAUCACUUAUGUAGUGUCUGUAGAUAAGUGUUUAAGCUGUGGAUUUCUCCCACCUCAGAUAAGUAGAUCCAAUAAUUUAACCAUGCUAGAUAUUCUUAUCUUGCCCACGGGCGAAGAUAAAAUGCCCGUAUGGAACUCCUUUUUAAUGGUCACCACAUUAUAAUAACCUCCCUUGUUGAAGACUGUCGUCAGUAGCAUCAAGGAAAUCUUGUCUUAUGGUAAUAUUUAGAACGCUUAUUAAUUAUUUCUCGCUUCAAAUGUCACCAUAAAAUAGUUUUUACGCACCAUUCAAGAAAUAAUGCUUCAUUUUCCUUAGAACUAUUUAAAAAUACCGAUUUGACUAUUAAUAUCAACUUGAUCACUGCGCGCGUAUCCAUGACUACCACGUGCUAUCGCAUAUCCAUACGCAAUUAUUUUCACUAAGCACAAAAGAGUUCCAGCAAAAAAUACAUUUUUAAUUAAUUUUGUUUAACUGAGGUGGGAGAAAAAGCAUCUACCAUAGCCAGUCGUGUAAGAUAGUUUCAUCCCGACCCUACGCUCGGGUCGGAAUGAUCCUAUCUUACACUCUCGGCCAUGGGAGAUACUUAUAGUCUUCCACUAAUUAGCAGUCAUUUUCAAAUAAAUUAUUUUUCAAAUACAGUAAUCUGUAUUAGACGAGAAAAAGAUAAGUUCAACCCUUCAACUGAAACAGUUUUAUUUUGGAGGAAAAUCAAGAUAAUACAAUAAAUAUGUAAUUGAAUUACUUGAAACUUAGCAUGUAUCAUCGACCACAUAUAUUGCGUAAACUUUGAAGAUAAAAUUAAUGACAUCACAUCAUCAACAAUUUCAUGGAGAAUUUUGGGUUUAGAAAGACAUUUGUCUGAUUUAUGUAUCACUCAAUGUGUAAAAUCCGUACAAAAUUAUCUAAAACGACUAAAAAUAUAUUAAUUUAUUUCUACUGCCUUUCAGAUAAUACAAAAAAAUAGUUAUAUUAUAAUGUUUUAAGGUGUAACUAUGACACAUUUACCAGUAAAUUUUGUUCAAUACUUGAAGGGUCCAGGCCCGGGUUAUAGUUUGUAUAAUGUUGUAUUAUUUCAGUCACAUUUAUGCUUAAAUCAUGUUGUAACAUUGAAAUAUGAUGUUAUGAACCUAGGCGAUAUUCUGCUUAAAAUAAUUCACAAUAAAUUGAUAUUUCUGAGAAAUUACGUUUUGCAUUGUCAUAGAUCUUAUAACUGGAAGUCAGAACUUUAAUUUCUUUGGCCUGGAAUUUUAUGUUCAAUCAUAUAUCUUAACCCUCUGCCUUAUUAUUAACUUAAAGUUAGUCAAGCCUUGUGCUUUAAUGUUUGUAAAAGCCUACCAUUAAAUUAAAUUCUGAAAAAAAUAAUUACCAGACCUUUCUUACACUCAUUCUUACAUAAGUCAAGGGACCUUUCAAUCGAUUCCUUGUAUGAUGUGGAACUUUUUAGGGAAUGUGAGAAUUCCAACUUAUUAUAAUCGAAAAUGUACACCGGAAUCUGCCUACAUGUUUGCUCAGUUACGUGACCCUCGGUUCAGUCACUGAAGUUUCCUACAGGAAGCUGUGAGAACUCUGCACAGGCAUUAUUCAAUAUAGCUCUACAAAAUGGGCACAAACGUUCAGUUGAUUUUCUCAUGUUAAGGUUCAAAUGAAUUAUGGGAAUUAUGAGAAAGUCUAGACCAAAAUCAUUUUCCAACUGUGUAAAUCUUGACAGACUCUCAAUUGUUAUUUUAGAGUGGCCUUUUCGGGCAGAGAAAAAAAAUAGAUUGGCAUCUUUGUGCAAAAUAUGAUUGAAAUUAGUUCACUUUUCAAAAGAUAUUGAUCAGAAACUCAAUAUUUGACCUGGUGUCCAUGUUUUCAAACAUGUUUAGAAAAUCAUAAACACAAAAUUUCAAGAAGAUCUAAUUAAAAUGAUGCUUCUAUGGCAUGUACAGGUAAAUUGGUAGUUUCUGACAAGAUUUUUUAAGUUUCUACUAUAUAUAUGUACAUAUAAGAAAUAGGGGCGCUGCCCCCUGUUGGCCAUGUUUUUUUACAAAUUAUUUUAUUUUGAACAAUCUUGUUGGAGGGUCACCAA